AAGUAGGUAGAAAGUCCUGCAGUCGACCGAACACCGGCAAGUUCGCGUGGUGGGAGAGCGCGUGGCGCUUUCAAGACGCGUGUUGCUGGAGCGCGUGACUCGUGUGCGGUCAGAGGUGCGGAUAAUUCGGCCUCGGUGUUGAACCCGGGACCGCGAGCUAUGGUGGGGAGAUCCCGGCGGCGCGGAGCGGCCAAGUGGGCAGCUGUGCGAGCCAAGGCAGGUCACGGCCCAGCAGACGAAAAGGAAGACGAUGUGGAAUUGCCACCCUCACCAGGGGACUCCAGCUACUACCAAGAUAAGGUAGAUGAUUUCCAUGAGGCCCGAUUUCGAGCCGCCUUGGCCAAGGGCUGGAGCGAAGUAGAGAGUGGGGACGAGGAGGAGGAUGGCAACGAGGAGGAGGAGGUGCUAGCUCUCGAUAUUGCCGAUGAGGACGAAGAAGAUGGAGAGAGUGCGGGGGAUGAGGAGGAGGAGGAGGAUGAUGGUGGGAGCUCAGUGCAGAGUGAAGCUGAGGCCUCUGUGGAUCCCAGUUUGUCGUGGGGUCAGAGGAAAAAACUUUACUAUGACACGGACUAUGGUUCCAAGUCCCGAGGCCGGCAGAAUCAACAAGAAAUAGAGGAGGAGGAAAGGGAGGAGGAGGAAGAGGCACAGCUCAUUCAGAGGCGCCUAGCCCAAGCCCUGCAAGAGGAUGAUUUUGGGGUUACCUGGGUGGAGGCCUUUGCAAAACCUCAGGUGCCCCAGGUAGAGGAGUCUGAGACACGGGUUGUGAAGGAUUUGGCAAAAGUUUCGGUGAAAGAGAAGCUGAAAAUGCUGAGGAAAGAAUCACCAGAGCUCUUGGAGCUGAUAGAAGACCUUAAAGUUAAAUUGGCAGAGGUGAAAGAUGAGCUGGAGCCUUUGUUGCAGUUGGUGGAGCAAGGGGUCAUUCCACCUGGAAAAGGAAGCCAAUACCUGAGGACCAAGUACAACCUCUAUUUGAAUUACUGCUCCAACAUAAGUUUUUAUUUGAUCCUGAAAGCUAGGAGAGUCCCUGCACACGGACAUCCUGUUAUAGAAAGGCUUGUUACCUACCGAACUUUGAUCAACAAGCUGUCAGUUGUGGAUCAGAAGCUGUCCUCUGAGAUUCGUCAUCUACUCACAUUUAAGGAUGAUGCUGGAAAGAAAAAACUAAAUACACAAGCAAAAUCCACCAAGGCCAAAGCAAAAUCUGUUUCAGAGACUACUGCUGCUGCCACUGCCUCUGCCAUUACAGAUAUGUCUGAUGAUUCCAGUUUUGAUGAUGCUGCACUGAAAUACUAUAAAGAAAUAGAAGACAGGCAAAAGUUAAAGAGAAAGAAAGAAGAAAAUAGUACUGAACAACAGGCUCUUGAAGAUAAAAAUGCAAAGAGAGCCAUUACCUAUCAGAUUGCCAAAAAUAGGGGACUUACACCUAGGAGAAAGAAGAUUGAUCGCAAUCCCAGAGUGAAACACCGAGAGAAGUUCAGAAGAGCCAAAAUUCGCAGAAGAGGCCAGGUUCGUGAAGUUCGCAGAGAAGAGCAGCGUUAUAGUGGUGAACUAUCUGGAAUUCGUGCAGGAGUCAAAAAGAGCAUUAAGCUUAAGUAAAGAUUUUGCUUUAAGUUUUUUUUUUUUUUAGUCAGAUCAAUAAAUUUUCAUUUUAACUA